GUUCAGCAGAGAAAGACAAAAGUGAUGUGAACUGACAAUAUUUUAAUGGGGGAGAUAAAAGACUGUAAGUGAUCAAUGGAGGCGGCAGCCAAGUGAUGCCCGGGGGCCGGCUUUGAUGUGGGCACUCUCAGAGGGACAGCGGGGACAAAGCCCCCUUUGAGGGGCACGAAUGGCAGACACUUCCAUCUCCCUCUCACCCUCGGCCUCCUCCUCCUGGAGUCUCUCCUCUCACGCCGCUUUUGCAGAUUCAGACGCCGGCUUGCAUCCGUCUCGUUUCCCUCCAACUUGAAGCCACAUCAGCGCAUAUCAUUAUCUGCAAAACUUUUCCCCCGACAGUAAUUAAUUCAAACGACACCCCCGCCAUCCAUGCUUUCCAGCCAAUCACCCCUUCUGCCACCCCCCCUCCACCUACCCCUCUUUGGCCGCAUCUCUCUGGCCCUCCCUUUCAUAGAACCGAACCUCUUUGUGAUGUCCAGCCUUGGCAAUUUGCUGUCACAGUCUUAAUGAAUUCAUCUGUUUGUGUAUUGGCCAUGAGAGCAUUUCUCCCUCCCUUUCCCCGUCCACCCUCCCCUCUCCGAGGACUCUAUAUAUACCAGGGGAGCACUCCAGGCAUCCAUUGUUCCUGUAAGUAAACUUACAGACAGAUGCCCCGCACCGCAGUGUGGGAGAGCGCCCAGAGAGUCAGGAGGAGGGAGACGGUCAGCAUCGAGCCACCAGACAAUAAGCAAGCUGCCGGGAAGUCUUCUGAAGUCACCCCGCCUGGAGUGGAGGUCUGAUGCUCUGACACUAUGCUGCUGAGGCUGCUAUCUCUGCUGCUCACGGGGCUGGACUGCUUCCUGGGAGCGCCGGCAGGUAGAGAGGUCUACAGGAUGCCCCAGAGUGCCCUCAAAGCUUUGUCUGAUCGCGGCACAGUGGUUCUGGAAGCAGCCAUGGCCAGCGCCCUGUCCACUCUGGAGCGAGCAUCAUCUGAGAGAAGUCGGGCCGAGGCCGGCUGCCGGGGUUGUGUCCCCUGUCUGUUUCAGAACUGUGGACAACUGUCUGGAUCCUGUUUGUCACCAUCCAGUGCCUCCUCAGAGCCCAGCUGUGAUGUGAUCGGUAAAGCCCAGAAGCUCCAAGGCGAGGAGGAGCGGAGUUGGGCUCUGAGUCAGGUCUGUGCGUACUAUCAGCACCGCUGCCCGCCCACCGAAGUGAACACUGAGAGCUGCAUCAGGAUCAUGGGGGAGAGUUGCAGUGCUCGCGUACUCCAGUGCAGCCUGCUCAGCACAAUGCAGAACCUGGAACCUGCAAUGCAGACGCAGGCUCAGGCCGUGUGUGGUCGAAAGCUGUCUUCUGUGCAGAACGUCACACAGCCUCGUUCCAGGAUAGUAGGCGGUUCUCCGGCUCCUCCAGGCAGUUGGCCCUGGUUGGUCAAUCUGCAGCUGGACGGUGCUCUGAUGUGUGGAGGGGUUCUAGUGGACAGCUCCUGGGUGGUCACAGCUGCACAUUGUUUUGCCGGCAGCCGCAGUGAGAGCUCCUGGACAGCUGUGGUGGGUGAAUUUGACAUCACCAAGACGGAUCCUGACGAGCAGGUUCUCAAAGUGAACCGGAUCAUUUCUCACCCAAAGUUCAACCCAAAGACGUUCAACAAUGAUCUAGCCUUGGUGGAGCUCACAUCUCCUGUGAUCCUGUCAGAGCAUGUAACCCCAGUUUGCCUUCCUUCCACCACGGACCCCCCCACUGGUACAGCAUGUCUGGUGGCAGGAUGGGGGUCCCUCUACGAGGACGGUCCAUCUGCUGACGUGGUGAUGGAAGCCAAAGUUCCUCUGUUGCCUCAAAACACCUGCAAGAGUGCUCUUGGCAAAGAACUGGUCACCAGCACCAUGUUUUGUGCCGGUUAUCUCUCUGGGGGCAUAGAUUCCUGCCAGGGGGACUCUGGAGGCCCCCUGAUUUAUCAGGACCAUAUUUCAGGUCGCUUCCAACUGUAUGGCAUCACCUCAUGGGGAGAUGGCUGCGGAGAAAGAGGCAAACCUGGAGUUUACACGCGAGUGACGGCGUUCUCUGACUGGAUUCAAGCAGAGAUUCAGAAGUCAGUUGGGAGUCGGGAGCCGACAUGUCCAGAUCUUCUGAAGACAACUGACAUGACGGAGGAGGAGCAGCGGUUAGAGUUUGGCUCUCUGUGUCGAUUCUACACCCUGACCUGUCCUCAGGGUCAGUCUGUCAGCUCCUGCAGCCAAAUGGCUGAAGAAAAGUGUCUCAACCGCUUCAAGAAAUGCCAGCUGCGCUCCUUCCUGCAGAGCUUGUUGGACUUGCUCCAGAGGGCUGAGGAUUACAUCAGAGAUCGCGUGGACUUGACCUUCUUCACGCAGACGCUGCCUCAGCUUGUGGAGCACAUCUACAACACCGCUUUCACUCACAGCAGAGAGAAACGAGACCUCAGCCUGAUCCCCGGCCUCACGCCCACUAAAGAACAUGUUGGUGCUGUGAAGUCAGCAGAGCUGGAUCCACCAGCUUUAUUCAGGGAUGUCGGAUCAUCGGUGGACGACUGGGAGAAUUAUCUGAGGGAUGUAGCGACUGAUGUGGAGGACCUACAUCCUGAAGACUCAGCAGAACGACAAGAGGACAACCUGUUUUUACAGUCACAAGAUUCCUUGGUGCAGCAGCUCGCCGUACAAUACCCAACAAUCAUUUCAUCUCUUCUCUCCAAACUGGGCUCUAAAGCUCCUCCUCCCAUGCUGCACCUCGACUUUGUUCAUCUCCUGGAAGAUCUUCCAAACAGUCCAUCUUCUUUGACUUCACCCACCAGCACGCCGACCCUUUCUGAUCCAAACCUUAAAGAACGUUGGUCACGUCUGUCCGCCUGGAUAAGCGAAACUCAACAGUUGAGGACACGGGAUGAUGUAGAAGUAAAGUCUCCGACGCAGACAGUUCCUGCCGUCCAGCAAGGCAUCGGUGACGCUCGCACAGACGCUUCUCAGCCCAGACGUGCUGUCAAGCCUUUGAAUCUCCACCGGAAAUACAGGAGUCUUCUUCAAAAGAGACAGACAGCUGUCGCCAGUGGGAAAAUUUGUCCCGGACUAAGGGAGUCCUCACAGCAAAUAGUCCAAAUCACAGACUCGUACAGCUGGGUUUUAAACAUCCCAAGCAAGAAUUUGCACAUGAACUUCCAAGAGGUGCUAGUGGAUCUAAACUCCAAAAACGAUCGAGGACUUUAUCAGGCGCGGAUCAAAGCUGUGGUGGGCGGACGGCCUUUGACCUUUUACAGCCUCGUGGGCCUGGAGAACGAAUCCUUCUAUCGCAGUUUGCCAAGAGUCCUCGCUUUGGCACUGGAGGCUCUCAAGACUUAAAGUGGAAAACGAGGAUUUUAGGUUUUUCACCUGGACUGCUUUGGAACUGAAAAGGUCCAUUUUGACUGGAUUCUGGUGCACCGCAGCAGUUUCCUGUGAACAGCUUCAGUUUGAUUUCCCCUCUUUGACUCCAAGAAUGUAUGCCGUUUUGGGCCAUCGUCCACGCCACAGAUUUUCAUGUGGUUGGAGGAAAAAGACACUUUUAACUUAUGAAUCUGUAUAAAAUAAGUUAUUGAUCUUGCCUUUUACAAACCAUGAGCUUCUUGGGAAGCUUUGAUAAUAAUUGUGUUAUUCUUACAAUAUUUAUUUGUAAAAAGAAAGUGUUUGUAUUUUUGUAAAGAAAUAUAUAUAUAUACAUAUAUGAAUAAACUGCUGUGAGUAAAA